UCCCUUGAAAACCUUGAAAGUAAUAAUUACAUUGGCAUUGCGAUACCAAUAUCAUUCUCUUUUUUUUUUGGCAUAUUCUGUCUUGUCCUCACUCGCAGUAGAUCUUGGUAAAGAGAGAUUCUUUCUUUGUUCUUCGGUGGCUUUUCACUUGGGAGGAUGAGUGGGUGCGUGGCUUGGCUCUUCUCAAUUAACAGUCUAACAAUGAUUUGUUCAUUUUCUCCUCUGUACCGUAAGCUCAGUCAGUCCCCAUCCACCCUCUGAUGAAAAGAUGAAAAAACAUAGCACCACCUCAAGGUCCUCAAUUCAAUUUACAAUUUACUUUAUCAAUCCCUGGUCUGGUUACAAACAAGGACGGACGUACUCUCGUAAUAAUUCUUAAUCACUCCACCACUUAACCACUUAACCACUUAACCUACCGACCUUCUACCUACUACUCUACUCCAACCUUUAAUCUCCAACCUCUAACCUUCAACCUCUAACCUUCAACCUCUAACCUUCAACCUCUAACCUUCAACCUCUAACCUCUAACCUCUAACUUCUAACUUCUCUUCUAAUUCCUUCAAUGACUUCAAUCCUUUCUUUCACAAAGAUAUGCUGAUAUAUUCUAUUCAAUUAAACUCCAAUUUGUUCUCUGGAUCUGGAGUUUACUUUACUUUUAACCUUCAUUACGACUAGUCAAUCAUUACCACGUACCAUCAAUUGGUUCCCGCAUCCGCAAAACCCGUAAUCUCCUUUUAACAUCUGCCGUCCGUUACACCCAUCACCACCUCCCGAGUUAUAUCACAAUACACGCGAAAAAGCGUUGAUACGCAUCAACAGCAUCACGAAUGCCACACUUCGAAGAGAUGCCAUCGUUCUUAAAUGACGACGCAGGCCCUAUGUAUUCGUCGACACGACCACCCUUUGACCUCCCCAGCCAUCUUCGAAACUCCCACGACAAGCUAUCGGUGAAUGGUGUGAAUGGUGUGAAUGGUGUGAAUGGUGCGAAUGGUGUGAACGGCGUAAAUGGCAGAACAUCGACACAUAAUUCAAUUGGGAAUGGAUUCGAACAUGGAUCAGAUGUAUAUAUCGAUGGUGCUUCAAAUGGUAAUGGGAUGACCAGCAGACACCAAAUGAAUGGAGAUUCACUUCAUGACGCAGCACUAAACUCCUUACCAAAUGGUAGAUCCAGCGCAGGUAGUUGGGAUUACAGGUCGCGGUCCUCGAUGACCGGCAGUACAUACUCGGUAAAUGAACAACCCAAUGUUGCAGCCCAGAAUGGAAGGAGGAGUCCAGGACCUUCAAGUGGUUUUAAUAGGUUAUCCAAUGGUACUGGAGAUAGGAAUUCUUUCGCGUCAACAAAUGGUACCAUAUCAAACACUAUCACAGACACAUCACGACCCGUCACUACUAGCGAUAGUGAACACCAAAAUAGAAUCCCGAGUCCUCAACCAGCUUUGAAUUCUCAACCAACUUCGAUUUCUCAACCAGCUUCGAAUCCUCAACCAGGUCCAUAUCCUCAGAGCACAGGUCCAUUAACUUAUCAAUCACCUUUGUUACCUUCAACUCCUGUAGCUACUACCAAUUCAUUACCUGUACCAGAGACGCCAGCUCGUUCUACAAACGAUUCUUCACCACAUCGAUUUUCUUCACCUUCAGCAAUUCCACCACUACCACCAGCUUCACCUUCACAAAACUCUCUUCAACAUCCUGGCUCUACGCAGUUGAAGCAUCGACAUACAUUAGAAGUCCCUAAAGUUGGUCCGGGUAGAAGUUCCAGGGAUGGUAGUGACGCCGUCUUUACGAGUGGAAGAUUUUCACCAACUUCAGUAGCUACUGGGGCUAGACGUGGAUCUUCAAGUAUCAACAGACGGAAUACACAAUCGAUACAUUCUAAUAUGCCUCACGAAGAGGUUCCUCCGGAUGAAGAUGCGCUUAGAUGGGCUGAAGCUGUACGCCAGAAGCGUGCAAGUAAGAGAAGAAAGAAGGAUGAGGAAGAUGAUGAUAGAGUGGUCGUUGGAACAAAGGUUGAUCAGAACCAUGUAAAUUGGGUUACAGCAUAUAAUAUGUUGACGGGUAUUCGGUUUACUGUUUCGAGAACAAAUGCGAAGCUCGAUAGACCAUUGACUGAUGCAGAUUUCGAGGCGAAACACAAAUUCUCAUUUGACAUGUAGGUUAUAUUGGAUGUAUGAAAGGAUUUCGCUAAUGAUAUACAGCACCGGUAAUGAGUUGACUCCCUCUGCAAAGUACGAUUUCAAAUUCAAGGACUAUGCGCCAUGGGUAUUUCGAAGUCUACGAGCAAAGUUCAAAUUGGAUCCUGCGGAUUACCUCAUGUCCCUGACAAGCAAAUAUAUUCUUUCUGAACUAGGGUCGCCUGGAAAGAGUGGAAGUUUCUUUUACUUCUCGAGAGAUUACAAAUACAUCAUCAAAACGAUUCAUCAUUCAGAGCAUAAGUUCCUGCGGAAGAUUUUGAAGGAUUACUAUCACCAUGUGGAGGAUAACCCUAAUACGCUAUUAUCCCAGUUCUAUGGACUUCAUCGGGUGAAGAUUCCUUAUGGAAGAAAGAUUCAUUUUGUGGUAAUGAAUAACCUAUUUCCACCACACCGCGAUAUCCACCAGACGUUCGACUUGAAGGGUUCUACUAUUGGACGAGAUUUUAAAGAGGAGAACCUAGAACAGAAUCCUCGUGCUACCCUCAAGGAUUUGAAUUGGCUUCGACGAAACCUCCAUCUUGAGUUUGGGCCAGAAAAGAGACGGGUUUUCUUCGAACAGAUGGAGAAGGAUGUAGCAUUGUUAAAGAAACUAAAGAUUAUGGAUUAUAGUAUGUUGGUCGGAAUUCACGAUCUAGGCAAGGGGAAUGAAGAAAACUUGAGAGAUAAAACUCUACAAGUCUUCCAACCAGGGGGAGAUAGCCCUAUAGAUGAUUCUGGACCACCUGGACCUUUGAUGAGGACGCCUAGUAAACUCGAGAAUGCUAGAAAAGCGAGAGAGUUACGGCAAAUAAUCAAACAGGAGAAACCAAUCCCAAUGGGUCAAAGCAGUUCCCGAAUGCCGGAUGAAAUUGAAGAAGAGAACAGGAAAGACUUCACAUUUUAUAGUGAUGAUGGUGGGUUCCGAGCUACACAUGAAGAUGAUAGUCCUGGGGAGGAGAUCUUCUUCUUGUCAAUUAUUGAUUGUCUUACUCAUUAUGGCACUCUUAAGAAGCUUGAGCAUCUAUUCAGUAAGUAAACUUUAUUUCUUGGGACACAUAUAUGCUAACCAAGAAACAGAGGGUCUCAAGCAUGAUAAGAAAAUGAUUUCUCCCAUCAACCCCCAACCUUACGGCGAUCGUUUUGUAGAUUUUAUUGAAGGUAUCACCAAAUCUCGAGAAGAAGCCGCGAGGGAAAAAGAAUGUCCUAUGGAGCACAUACCUCAUACAAAUUCCAACCUUCCAGCGGGUUCUACACGUCGAGGUUCAACUAGCGGGCAUAUGCAUCGUAGUGGCACCAAUAAUACUACCGUCCAACGCGCCGAGAAUGAAGCCUUGAGAAGUGAGCUUGAUGGUAGAAGGGAACUUGUUGAACCGAGAACUGUAUCGACAGUUAGAAGUCCAAGUGCGGAAAGAACAAAUGGACUACAGGGACAGAUACUACCGGUUGUUGAGGAAAUGGGAGAGGCUAGUAGUACAGGAGGUAGAAGUGGAAGGAGUAUUAGAAGUAUGCACGAUGAUGACAGACCAGCUACACCAGCAAAAGAUUAUCCCCCAAGUUUGAAUGGGAAUAGUGGAAGACCGCCAAGUCUGAGAAAGACGAUUAGUAGGAGUAGCUUGGAAAAACAAUUACCGCCACUACCGCCUAGUAAAAAUGGGGUGGAACACGUAGAUUCCGGGAUAGUGAUGCGUUAAGCGGGGUCAGUGUGUAUAGGGGCAAGGAGUACUUGGGAUGAAUAGAGAAUUGGGAUAGAAGAGUCUAGGGGAUGAAAUAAUACAUAGUGGAGGGGAGUGGUGUAAGAGUGAUAGUCAAUAGGCGCAGUAAGUGGAGGAUAAGAUAAGAUACCAUGAUACCAUCUAGCGAAUCGCCCUUUCUUUUCUUUCUCUUUUCUUUCUUUCCUUUCCUGGGUGGUUCGGACUUUCUUUUACUCGUUAAAUCUUUUUUGUUUCUUUUUACUUUGACUUGACAGGAUCGAUUGACAGAUUUGGAGGAGGAUUUUCUUUUGUGCUUUGGAUUUGUGGGGUGGAGA